AUGGGUGGCAGUAUUUCUUUGUCUUUUCCAAGGUGUAAAGUCAAGUGGAAAGGUAUGAAUCCAUACUCAUUAUCUUUUUUUCCUUUUGUAGUCUACGUCGUUGUUGUGCUGCCAUUCAUUAUUCUGAUAGUUUUACUAGUUCGAUUGCUCAUCCUGGAAGGUUCCCAAGCUGCUCUGUUGCACUUCUUUUGGCCGGAUUGGUAUGUGCUCAGAGAUUUUAAUGUGGGUUCUUCGGCCUUAUAUUUCAAUCAUUAUUUCAAGUAUGGGGUGAAGCCGCUGUACAUGCAUUUUACUCUGUAUCUUGUUGUAUCGGUGGUCUUUACACGAUAUCGAGCUAUAAUCGAUUUCAUAACAAUUUAUACAAACGGAGUACAUUUGAUUUUUGUUUUCCUUGCUGAAGCCCUUGCGGGUGUUCCUGUAGCGCCGCUUUACACCGGCCUAUUCUUCUUGAUGGUGGUGCUCAUAAUCCAUUCCACGCAACUUUUUGUGGUGGAAACGAUAGUGACCUCCCUCUGUGACGAGUUCCCGGAGCGUCUGCGUCGUAAUAAACGACAUGUGCUGACUACAGUGUGCGCCACAUUCAUACUUUUGAGUAUACCAUUCUGUUUGCCGGCUGGACUGUAUUGGUUACUAUUGCUUGCACAGUUUACGAUCACAUGGCCCUUGGCUGUGAUUGCGUUUCUUCAAUGCAUGGCCAUCAGCUGGGCUGGACUGUAUUGGUUGCUGUUACUUGCACAGUUUACGAUCACAUGGCCUUUGGCUGUUAUUGCGUUUCUUCAGUGCAUGGCCAUUAGCUGGUUGUCUUCCCCGCUGCUUCACCUCGUCACUUCGUUGUUUCAGGUUUAUGGGGUCGAUAAUUUGUUAGACAACAUCAAAUGGAUGACUGGCUCAUACCCACCUUGUUACAUAUUCUGGAAGAUUCUUUGGAAAUUCAUCUGCCCAAUGGUCUAU